UGGGAAGACACUGGGGGAUAAGGGGAAGAUGAAAUUGCUCAGAAGACCCGAGUUGACCAAACGUCUGGUCCUGGUCCCCCUGGCUCACAUACUGAUCCGCACGCCAUGGUGCUUGACCUCAGAUAGAUCCCUGCUCAGCCUGUUUCCUAGCCUGUGAGGAGCGGAGUUAGGCCUAGCUCCUGGCUCCAAACUGGACACCCGCCCUUCCCUCACCUUCCUGUCAGCCCGAAGCUGCAGAGCCGUCCUAGGCCUCUGGCCCGCACCAGAGGAGGAGGACAGGAAAGUAGAGCCCAGGGCCCAAGGCUGUCCUGCUGGCGACGCCACCAUUCGUGAGCAGACGCGGCCGCUUUAAGGCGCGGUGACCCCACGACAUCCGCGGGCGGGGCGGGGACAGUGCGGGCGUCCGCGGCACCGGAGGAGGCGAACGUGAGGGCGGUAGUGCGCGGCGGCCAGCCCCACCAUGCUGACCGCGCUCGCCCGGCCGGCCCUGCCUGGGCUCCCAGGGCAGCUGCCUGCGGCCCCCGCCCGGCGUCAGGACUCCUCCGGUUCUUCAGGCUCCUACCACACGGCUCCGGGUUCUCCACAGCCCCCGGACGUUGGGCCGGACGCAGAGUGCCGGGCGAAUUGGCCCGGGGUGGCCCCUGCGCUGGGGGCGGGCGCGCAGCCUCGCCUGUCCGUCAGCGCCCAGAAUAGCCGCCAGCCGCUCCGGCCCGGCUCGGGUUUCCCGCGAGGCCCGGGCUCCGACCCGCGGCCACCCCAGCCCCAGCUGCGCAUGCUGCCGUCGGGGGAGAUGGAAGUCAUCUUCGGCGCCGGGGCCCUGUUCAGCCGCUCCGACGCGGCGGAGAGCGAGGUGCAACAACUCACCGCGCGGGCUUUCCGCAGCCUCUCUCCGCCCGGGCCCGCGACUCCGGCUCCCGCAACGCCGACGCCCCAGGCCCCCGACGGUGGCUCCCGCUGGGCCACUUACCUGGAGCUGCGGCCCCGCGGGCCGAGUCCUGGGACCCCAGCGCAGUUCGAGUGUGUGGAGGUGGCGCUGGAGGAGCGUGACGUGCACGCCAGGACCCGGACGGUGCCCAAGCGUCAGAUCGAGCUGCGCCCCCGGCCCCGGAGCCCCCCGCGGGAGGCGGGAGCACCGCGCCCCCGACUGCUUCUGCGCACUGGCUCCCUGGACGAGUCGCUGGGCCGCCUGCAGGAAGCCGCGGGCCUGGUGCAGACAGCACUGGCCAGAAAACUCAGCCCUGCGGCCCCUGCCCCGAGCAGCUCCACCUUCGGGCCCACGGGGCGGCCAGAGUGUGCGCCCCGGGAAACGGCCCGCACUACCCGAAAGGUCCUGGAGGAGGCCAGGUCUCGGCCGCCCCGCGUGCACAAUAGUUCGACCCCCACCAGGGCACCACGGCCGUGGCCCAGCCUCCGAGAGCGCGCGAUUCGGCGCGACAAGCCCGCGCCAGGGACCGAGCCGCUGGGUCCAGUUAGUUCCAGCAUCUUCCUGCAGUCAGGGGAGAAGACUCAGGAGGCGCACAGUCAGGAAUUCAAGACUCGGUUCCCGCGAGAGACUCUGGAUCGAACUAUCCUGAGGGCACAAAGUCCGCCUUUCGAGUCUACGGCUCCCCAAGAAGUUCCGAGUAAGGCUGGGAGGCCAAGGAGCCCGUCCCCGCUGUGGCAGGCUCCAAAUGGGAUCGUACGGGGUCCACACUGCCCGUCCCCCCAGAAUCUGCCCCCGUGGAAUCGGGCUAUUCGGAGGGUAAGUAGCCCGUCGUUCCCUGAGGCAUCCUCUGCAUGGGGAAAUCAGGAUCCCUCUGACGAGGAAACUGUCAGCAGAAGCCCUUCCCCACCAACGCUUUCCCAGUGGAAUCAGGGUGUUGUCAGGACAAGAAGCCCAUCCCCCGAAGCUCCCUCCCUAUCGGAGGUUCCACAACCGGCAUUGAGGAAUACCGCAGAGGGCUGUAGGAACCCAUCCCCACCGGCCCUGUCCUCAUGGAAGGCUCCAGAGCGUACUAAUGGGACGUGGAACCCAGCUCCCCAAGAGACGUGGGAUCGCACACUGCGGGGCUCAUCCAUAGUAUCUCCGUCGGAAGCUCUGAAUGGGAUAGGACAGGAGGAGCUGGAGCUGCCUAGGCCGUCGGCACCCGGGAUUCCCGAGCUCACAGAGGCGCAAAGUCCGUCCGCCCCGGAGAUGCGGGAUCUUGCCUGCAGAGCCAGUCAGCCAUCGCCAGAAGUGGCUGCACCUGAGCUGCCCCUCAGUCGCUUCGUGGGCACCCUGGAGGCCCAUGUGCGCCAGGAAGCCUUGGGCUCUGGAGAAGCCGCCUCGGGACGGCCGCGCGUGGCCAUCCCGCGGCCCCGCGACGUGCGCAAGAUGGUGAAGACCACGUACGCGCCAAGCUUUCCCUCGGGAACCCGAGCUUUGGGGCUGCCUGGGCCUCCUGCGGAACCCCGCGGGGAGGAGGGCGGCACAUCCAAGACACAAGAGUUCCAGGCGCUGGGGUCCCCAGCCCCAGCUCACUACACUUCUGUUUAUCUCAAGGACUUUCUUCCGGUCGUGACGCACCCCUACGAGCCCCCAGAGCCGUCUCCUGACACAGCGCCCAGGGACGCUUCGCAGCCCAACGGCGUCCUGCGGCGCAGAGCCGAGAACAGCACGGCAAAACCCUUCGCGCGCACUGAGAUCCGCCUGCCUGGUGCACUGGUCUUGGGCCGCCGGCCGGAGGGAACCGGGGGAGUUCUGGUGCGAGGGGCGAGCAGGGAGAACCGGGAUGCUGAGGCCCAGCGCCUGGUCCCCGGAGGAGAGGGGCGGACCAGCCCUCUGGGCGGCGCUCGCACCUCACCCCAGCAGUCUCCCAUAGGGCCAGCCGGGCCCCAACCACCCCGACCCCCCUGCCCGAGCUCCCCUCAGGCGCACCCUAGUUCGAGCCCUGGGAUAGCAACCAAAUUGGAGACGCCCCCUGCAGCCCCCGAGCCCGCGACUGCGGUCCAGUCUUCUCUCCCGCGGGAGCCCCAGGCGUCGACUGGCAGACCCGCCCCGCCCCAGCCCCGUGCUGCCUCGGCGCCUCCGAUGGACCGGUCCCCGGAUGGCCCCUUCCAGGGGGCGCGCAGGCCACCGGGGACCGCGUACGCGGGGAAGGUCCUGGUGGACCCCGAGAGCGGCCGCUACUACUUUGUGGAGGCGCCGCGGCAGCCUCGGCUACGGCUGCUCUUCGACCCCGAAAGUGGGCAAUACGUAGAGGUGCUGCUGCCGCCUUCGCCCCCGGGGCCACCCCGCCGCGUCUACACCCCGCUGGCCCUGGGCUCUGGCCUCUACCCGCCCGCCUAUGGGCCUAUCCCGAGCCUCUCAAUGCAGCCGUCCCCGGGCCCACCGGCCUUCAGCAGCCCCCACGUACCCUGGGCCUCCGAGGCGGGGCCCCUGGACGGGAUGUACUACCUGCCAGUGAGUGGAACCCCCAGCCCCGCACCUCCUCUGCUCCUCUGUGCUCCCCCCAACAGUUCAGGUUCAGCCCAGCCCGGCAAGGGGUCCUUGUUCCCAGUGUGAGGCCCCAAGGCCUGAUCCCCACGGUGUGUUUGGACCUGUUUCAUAGCCUUGGAGGUUCUGGCAUCCAGUCCCCUGCCCUCCUUUCCUUCUAUCACCCCUUCUUUUACCCAUCCCGUCCAGUCUUCACACUGGAAGUUACCUUCAGAGAGUGUACCAGACUUUGGGACUGAUGGAGCUGGGACUCAGAGAGUGGCUGCCUACUUCUCCCCCGACAAAAGUGUAUACUCCUUUCCCAGGCGUUCCCGGAGUGUGGUGUGUUUGUGUGUGUGUGAAAGUGAGGCAUUUCAGGAGUUGUUCCUAGGAGCUGACUUGAGGGCAUGUUGGGAGUCCACUAGGGGCAAUAAGAAAGAGAAUCAGCAGAGGACAGGGCUGCCCCCAGAGGCAGUGAGCUGUCACCCCCCCACCCGGAAGGUGGACCCCGCUGAGGAGGAGCAGGCUAGGGAGCAUUGGUGGAUGGAGGGAGGACUCUGACUAGCAACUCUGUUAUUAUUUGGAAAAGGAUCUGAGCAGCGGCCUGGGAGGCUGUGUGGGAAAGUGGCCAGUGCAGCCCCUAGGCCAGGCUGGAUCUGAGAAAGUGAGCUGCGGGGACAGCAAGUGGAGAUGGAGCAGGGACGUAACAUGGAAGGGGCUAUGGAGGGUCAGCCUGGGGACGGGGGUUGGGUGGGAAGGCAGCUGUAGUCUCCAGCCGGGAGCCCCACUUCUCAUCUUCCCCUCAACCUCAGCAUCUGACUGGGCCUCUCAAAGCCCUCAGAGCUGAGCGGGCUCCUCCUGGGGCCAGGAGUGGAGGUUUAAGGCAUUCCCACCUGGGGUGCGGGACAGAUGAAGUGAAUCAUCAGGAAGGUCUUACAAGCAGGGAGGAUGGUUAAGCCUCAUGACCCGUCUGGGUGUAGUGGAGGGUGGGUUAGGGCUGGCAGUAGAAGGGAUGCCAUGGGGGUGAAGGGCAGGGCAGGGAGACUUGGAGCCCUCAGCUGGUUCCACUUCCUCAGCAACAGAUGUGGCAACCAUGCCCAGAGAGGGCCUGGCUCAGCAGGCUAGUCAGGCAAGGAAGGAACAGGACCCAGGGCCUGUGUUCUAAUUGCCUUGAGAUUGUCGGAGCCUCUGAGGAGGGCCGGGAGAGAUGCAUGGGGUAGGAGGUGCUCUUCCGGGAGGCGUUCUGUGUGUAGGUCUGACCUUGAAGUGGCAGAGCCUUGUUAACUGUUAUGUGAUGAGUUUGGGGAGGAACAGAUCCCAUUAGAAGCGGUCGUUAGUGAUGGAGAUUGACGUCUUACUUAAGUUCCAGUCCCUUGAAGUCCCUGCCUCCCUGCCUUAGGCUGGAAGCUGACUGGGAGAACUGUGAGUCAGAAGAAACUGAACAACUUCUCAUGGCCAGAGGGGCUGGUUCUGGUCACAUGAAGGGCCUGGGGCCCCUCUUGGUUCCCUCACCUCAUCCUGGUGUGCAAUAAAUCACUGACCCAAUGAGCCACAAUGCUUGGAACAGUUGGUGCAAGUUUUCUGAUUUCCUGCUGUGACCUCUAACACCCCUACAAUGCUCUUCCAUGCCUGCGUAUGGCCUGGGUGGAGAGGGCUCCAGGGAAGGGGCCCAUGUGUGUCUUUCAUGCGCUGUGGCAUCCUUGCCUCCGCAAACUUGCCUCCCAGGGAGGGAGCCCUAGGCUGGCAACCACGCCUGUGGCCUCAUUCUCCCUGGUGGCUGGGUGGUCACUGGGCUUUGGCGUUAAUCAGGCUUGGGUUCUAACUUCAGUAUGGCCCUUCUAGCUGUAUGGUCUUGGAUUCAUCACUUCUCUCUGAGCCUUCAUGUGCUCACAAAAAUGACACUCACUAACCACCUCUUCCCCCAAGGUACUCAGUACAGCACCCACAGAGUGGCCAGAUUCCAGGACAUGGGAGGGUCAGCCCCAUGUGUCCUUGCUCAGGCCCAGCCUCCCUCCUUACGUCAUCAUUCCCUAUCUGUGAAAU